CCGGCAAAAUUUUGGUUGUAAACCGUCCUAAUCUUAAUUCUUAUUACACUGCGCGAUUUAUUCUAAUCUAUUAAAUCAUAUUUUAAUUACUGCUUAAGUUUUACAUUAAGACAAAUAUGUGGGGCAACGAUGACUCCUCGUUUCGUGAAGAGGGAGGGUUUGACAGUACUAAUAAUAUGUUUUCAAGCCCGGGUCAACAACUAGAGAAGGCAUCGAAACCAAAAUGCCUUGCUGAUGUUACUAUUAGGCAAAUCAUUGAAGCACCUGAAGAUGGAAUAAAAAUAAAAGAUAUUGAAGUUCAAAUGGUAAAAAUCGUCGGUAUUGUCAAACAAGUUGAAGUCACUUCCGUUAAGGUCCGCUAUGUUAUAGAAGACUAUACUGGAUCAAUCACUGGUUUUGUCUAUCUUGAUAAUGAUACUGAUUCAGGUAGUACAGUUGUAGAAAACACUUAUUGUACUGUCGUUGGUUCCAUAAGAGCCCAGGGAGGUUCUAAACAUAUAAUGAUUUUUAGCAUCGUCCCUGUCGAAGAUUAUGGCUACAUUUUAGCACAUAUAUUGGAAGUUAUAUAUAUGCCACUCAAAUUGGAGAGUCUUGCAAAUAAGCCUGAAGAGAAAGAAAUCAAACAAGAAAUGAUGUCCUCAUAUGGAACAUCUACGUUUCAAGGAAAUGAUAUGACUUCCGAUAUUGAUCCUAGAUAUAAAAGAGUUUUUGAUGUUAUAUCGAAAUCAAUGAGUGAAAAUGGAAUGAGUAUAAAUGAAAUCCAGACAUCUUUGCCGAAUAGAUUGCCGAUGGACCAAAUAAGGAAUGCAUUGGAAUACUUGGUUGGAGAAGGACAUAUUUUUACUACGAUUGAUGAAAACCAUUAUAAGUCUAUUCAUAGCAGCUGUUAAGAGUCCAUUUGUAAAUAAUUGUAAAGUGUUUUUAAUUGUUAUUAUAUCUUUUUAUAACGUACCUCUUUUUAAUUAUUUAAAUCCUCUACUAGCUGUUAAUUUAAUCUGAUGUAUAACAUCAUAAAUGUCUAGUUGGAAAAGCUAAGCCGAAUUGAUAAUUUUUAAAAGUGAAAA